CACUGCAGCUCUACUCUUCCUCUUAUUCUGUUUCUGCAUCAUAUAACUCAAGCGCUUGGAGAACAGAGGAUACAGGGAUGAUGAUGAUGAUGAUGAUAAACAUACAGAUAAACUGUGUCAUUUAGAGAGCACCUCACUCCGCUUUACACCUUAGCUAAAGAUGCCGAACACGGAGGCAGGGACAGCCUAAUCAUAGGGCUACAGUCUGCAGGACGCAAAGAGCAGCUUGUGUCUGCGGACAAAACAACGAGGGACUCUGCGAAGCUUACAGGGCAUUAAGAGCACCAACUAAUCCUGUGCAUGGCCAAAAAUAUAAAAAGCGAAGAGCAAAAGAACGGGCUUUUGCAUGAAGUAGGAGAUGUUCGGACUAAAGAAAUCGCAGCAGCAGCAGUAGGAUUGCAAUAAUUCAGUGUUAUUUCAGUUUUUAGCUUUUGGAAAUGGGAGCUUUGACAAGCCGUCAGAAUGCAGGAGUGGAGGAGGUCGAUAUUUCAACCAGUUCUGUUUACAGAUACCCACCCAAAUCCGGGAGUUAUUUUGCUAGCCAUUUCAUUAUGGGAGGAGAGAAAUUUGAUUCAACUCAUCCUGAAGGCUACCUCUUUGGUGAAAAUACUGACCUCAACUUCCUUGGCAACAGACCAGUAGCGUUCCCGUACAAUGCUCCCCCUCCACAUGAGCCGGUCAAGACCCUCCGCAGUCUCAUCAACAUCCGUAAAGACACUCUGCGACUUGUCCGAUGUAGUGAAGACAUGAAGCUUCCUGGACAGGAAGUUGGAAAAAGCCAAAGCUGCUAUAAUAUUGAGUUUACCUUUGAUGCCGACACACAAGUUACCAUCACCAUAUACUACCAAGCCAUUGAAGAGUUUCACAAUGGUGUGCCAAUAUACUUGCCGCAGGACAGCUCUCUGCAGUCAGAGACGGUGCACUUCAAACGCGGCGUCUGCCAACAGUUCUGUCUGCCCUCUCAUUACGUCAACUUAUCAGAGUGGGCAGAUGAGGAGCUAUUGUUUGACAUGGAUAAAGACAUCUACCCCAUGGUUGUACAAGCAGUAGUGGACGAGGGAGAUGAACACUUGGGACACUCUCAUGUUCUUCUUGCAACGUUUGAGAAACAUAUGGAUGGAAGUUACUGUGUAAAACCUCUGAAACAGAAACAAGUGGUGGAUGGUGUUAGUUACCUGCUGCAGGAGAUCUACGGUAUAGAGAACAAAUACAACAGUCAAGAACCAAAGGUGGCAGAAGAUGAGAUUAGUGACAACAGCGCGGAAUGUGUGGUGUGUUUGUCGGACGUGCGGGACACACUUAUCCUGCCCUGCAGACACCUGUGCCUGUGCAACGCCUGCGCAGACACACUGCGUUACCAGGCCAACUGUUGCCCCAUCUGUCGACUGCCGUUUCGUGCCCUCCUUCAAAUUCGAGCGAUGAGGAAAAAACUGAGCCCACUCACACCUACUGGAUUCAACCCUGUCAUCACCUCACAGACAUCAGAUUCAGAGGAGCACUCGGCAUCAGAGCACAUCCCACCAGGCUAUGAAGCUGUGUCCCUGUUGGAGGCCUUGAAUGGGCCCCUGAACCCAUCGCCAUCUGCUCCUCCACUUCAGGGCCAUGUUUCUGGAUCUGUGCCCACAUAUGGCAGUGAUAGCUGCCUCACGCCCGCAUGCUCCCUCUCUCCGCUAGAACACUCUGUCAGCUCCAGCCAGAAUGUGAAACACAAGAAGAGUGCCUCUAAAUCCAUCUCCCAGAAUUCUUCAGUGCUGCCUGAGGAGGAGGAUGAGAAGUCAUGCAGUGAGUCUGAAGUGCAAACGUGCAGGAGAAAACUGCAUGCAGAACAGCAAGAGUCUGGAGUGACUCCUGAAAGUGACAACAUCACCCUGUCAUCCUCUGGGGCCAUAGAUCAGUCCUCCUGCAACGGGACCCCUCUGUCCUCCACAAUCACCUCCCCAGAGGAUCCAGUAAGCAGCAGCCUGGCCCAGUCUGUGAUGUCAAUGGCAUCCUCUCAUAGCCAGCACUCUCAGAUCAGCACAGACACACUCUCUUCAAUGUCCGGAUCCUACAUGGCUGGUGCCGAGGGAGAGGAGGCAGCUGAGACCCGAGCAGAGAGCCGAGCACCUUCCCAACAUGAGGGUGAGGAAAUCCCCAACGGGGCAAAAGGGCAUAACUUUGUGGCUGUCAUUCUUGAAGAACGGGAUUCAGAGGGUAAUGAUGUGACUGAGGAAGAUUGCGCAUCUCCCACCAAAGAACAUGGUGGGCGCAGGAGGAGCGAGGUACCUUGUCCAGAGUUUGACAAUAACAAUCAGGGGCAGUCUGACACCCACUAUAUGACAGGCCUGGACAAUGAGCAGCCUCCUGAUGGCCAAUUCGCUGGUCUGUUAUACCUCGAUGUCUAUCGUCAUGGACGGGAUCCUUUGACUCACCAUGCGUCCACCAGCAACAUCAACCUGGAGGAGCAAGGGGUCUCCAAUGAGGUGGCGAAUCCCAAGAACAAAUCUCAUCGUGGACCCCUAGCUGUGUAAAAUCCUCAAUCCACCCAGUCACAGACCUACUCCACUCCUGAGAGGAAUAUCUGUCUCUUUCUUCAAGCUAACCUCCACGCAAACUCGUGCCCACACCAGUUACUCAUGGAUCAAAUCCUAAAUGCAAACCAGGGAGAAUUGACUGUGUGGUUUCUCUUCUCCAUGGUGAUAGAUGUCAUGUUUUAGCGCUCUUUUGGCACCACGUUUACACCAACGCCCAUCCAUACAAAUGAAGAGAUGACUCAAGCAAGCUCUCCUGAUGAAAAGCUGGAAAACGAGAACAUGAUGAAGAAUCCAACCUCUGAUAUAAGCAUUUUAUGUCAAAUUUCUUGUCUAA